AUAAGGAUCACCGUGUUAAUGUUGAGAGAUACUUUUCUCUUUUGAUAUAACGAGCACUUGCCGAUCUGUCCUUCGUCCUGGCCGGCGGCUUCUCUCUUUCUCGGCCCUCUCUCUCGAUCUCUGGUAACAUAUGGUUGCAUCCCACUCGAUAUCAUCAAAGAGCAACCCUCUCUGACACUGCUCACCAUCGUUAACAAAUCCUCCUCCAAUAUCCUCGUCAGGUAGGUGAACAAAAGGCUUUCAAAGAUCGAUGGGAAUACAAGAUCAUCAUGCAGAAGAUCAAGAACAUCUGAUGGCAGAUUCCAACAGAAGCAAUCAAACUUCUACCCAGAUUAGAGAUGCGGAAGAAAUUGCAUCUUCGAUUUGGGAAAAGCUUUGCCAAACGCACCCACCGGCAUGUCAGCUUUCCAUAUUUAGAGUUCCAAAUAGACUACGCAGCCAUAAUGAAACUUUCGUGCCACAAGUAGUUUCGAUCGGUCCAUUUCACCACGAGAAUAAGCAGCUGCAGGCAAUGGAAAAUAUCAAGCUGCAGUAUUUGGAAUGCCUUAUCCGUCGAAAAGAAACUGCGGAAUUGGAGUGCUUAGUAAAAGCCAUCGAUAGGAUUGAGCAGGAUUGCCGCAAAUAUUAUGCAGAAGAGGUUGAUCUUAGUAUAAAGGAAUUCAUAGAGAUGAUGGUGAUCGAUGGUUGCUUUAUCCUCGAAUUCCUCUACAGAUAUCAGCAAAAACGGGAGGGAAUACAUGUACGAGAGGAUGAUCCCGUGUUCAAGACGUCAUGGAUGCCAAGGAAAAUAAUAGCCGACUUGCUUCUACUUGAGAAUCAACUUCCGUGGUGCGUGCUCGACUGUUUGUUCAACCUCAUGCCCUCCUUAAAAACUACUGAAAAAGGGUGCUCCCGACUUGAUGAUCUUGUCUCCUUUUCUUUUUCCGAGUAUAAAAUGUUGCCAGCACCUAACUCAGCGCGCAGUCAAGAAAAGCACGCGCAUUUACUCGAUUGGUUCCGAAACUGUUUAUUAGAUGGAUCAUGUACUGUAAAACGGCGUAAUUGCUCAGAAGUCUCAGAGUGGAAACCAGUUAAGCCUGUGACAGAGCUUAUCCUGCAUGGAAUAAUUCCUUUGAAAGCUAAAGACGGAGCUAACAUCCUCGAUGUAAAGUUCGAAGAAGGCAAAAUGAAAAUCCCAGAAAUAGUUAUAGAGGAAAACACAGAAUCUGUGUUUAGAAACCUCAUCGCAUUUGAGCAUUGUGAUCCGAGGAAGGGCUAUGAAAUCACGUCUUAUGCUGCUCUCUUGGAUUGCCUGAUUAAGUCUCCCGCAGAUGCACUUAAACUCGAACAGAAAGGUAUUCUACGAACUAUUGGCUUGAGCAAUGAGGACAUGGCAAGUUUCGUAAACAGGCUGCGUUAUAAUAACGAUACCAUUUACCAUGGUUUUCUCUACUCAGACCUCUGCCAAGACUUGAACAAAUCUUCUUCCUCCAGAUGGGCAGUAUGGGGAGCACGUCUUAGGCGCGAUUAUUUUGGUGGAGAACCAAUGGAGCAAUUUGGUUUCCUUUACGGAGUCCUCGUUUCUUUUUAUUUUUCCAUGAUACAAACAGUUUUUUCUAUCCUCUCCUACACGGCUUCUAAAUCAGGCAAGUAAUUUGGUUGAUCUCAGCGUGUAUUAAUUUCUUUGAAUAAGUAGGUCUCCUUUGCAUUUUUUUAUUUUUUUUUAAAUAUUUUGUCAAACUCGAAGUGCUGCUAUUUGUAAUAUUUGUUGAUGAAAU